AUGAAGUCAUCCUCAUCAUUGGGAGCCUCUAUGCCUGAUUACAGCUUUCAAGCAUAUGAAGCCAUAAAGAGAACGGCGACAAGGAAACAGGUUCAAGUUCUUGCAGCAGGCUAUCCAGUGUCCACCUCUCGUGUUGAUAAAACAAGACAUGACCAUCCGGGCUCUGUGGAUAAAGAUUGUAAAGCUGGAGGUAGGAAAAAUACUUUUGAUGGAUCUCAGCUUCAGCAGGAAGUUUCAGUUCCAUCAAUAAAGAAUCCAGAGCUAUUGGAUCCUCUAAAACAGGCAUAUUUAACAGGUUUCUCGGAAUCAAUUCCACUUGAUACAUCAGAAACAAAACCAAAUGCUGCUUUGAAACAACCCCAACAAAAUGGUACAAUUGACAGUGACCAUGUUCAACCAAAUGGUACUUCUGGUGGACCUGCAGUUGAGCUGGGUGCCUCACUUGUAUUGUCCAGGAAUCCAACAUUGGAGCCUCAAAAAGAAGAAAACAUAACAGGGUCCUCGGAAGUAAAACCGGAUGAUGCUUUGCUGUUAUCUAAAGAAGGUGACCCUGUUGGAAGUGUCGGCGUUGCUGAUGACGAAAUUAUAGCUUCUGCUUCAUCCCCUCAAUUAAGAGACUCUGAAAAUGGCCAUCGCGUAGUGUCAUUUAACGAGGACGCUCAGGUCCUAGCCAAGGUUUCUAGGGUUGCAGUAAAGACACCAGAACCCAUUGAUCAUACUAAUUAUGUGGAAAAGGUCAACAUAAGCAGAGGUCAAAUCGAUACAGCAGCACCUUUUGAAUCUGUUAAAGAAGCUGUUUCUAAAUUUGGUGGUAUUGUCGACUGGAAGGUCCACAGACUCCAAAUUGUAGAGAGGCACAAAUUUAUCGAGCAAGAACUUGAGAGAGCGCAGGAGGAGAUUCCAUUCCUUAAGAAAAAGUCUGAGGCUGCCGAAUAUGCAAAAAUACAAGUUUUGAAGGAGCUAGAGAGCACAAAGAGACUCAUUGAAGAACUCAAACUCAAUCUGGAGAGAGCACAAAGGGAAGAGCUUCAAGCAAAACAGGAUUCUGAACUUGCCAAACUCAGGGUGGAAGAGUUGGAACAAGGGAUUGCUGAAGAGGCUGGUGUUGCACCCAAGGCACAGCUCGAGUUUGUUGGGGCCAGGCAUUCAGCUGCAAUAUCAAAGCUAAACUCUGUGAAAGAUGAGUUGGAAGAAAUUCAUAAAGAUUAUUCUUUAUUAGUGCCAGAGAAAGACAAGGCUGUUAUGAAAGCUGUGGCGGCCAUGUCUGCAUCAAAACUAGAGAAGACAGUAGAGGAUCUGACCAUUGAGCUGAUAGCCACAAAGGAAACCUUCGAGUCCGCACAUCUGGAGGCAGAGGAACACAGAAUUGGGGCAACUAUGGCAAGAGAACAAGAUACUCUUAAUUGGGAGAAGGAAUUGAAGCAGGCAGAAGAGGAGUUAGAGGGACUAAACUAG